CGUAAAAAAAAAAAAAGAAAAAAAAAAGGGGGGUUGGUGAGGCUAUUAUAAUUCAACUAACAUAUACAGUAGUAGUAAUCAAACAAUUAUCAUCAAAAUCAGAUGAAAAUGUGUGGUCGUCUCCUUGUGCUCCUAUUCCUCAGCUUAUCAUUUUUCUUCUUCAAUUUCUCCCAAGCAAGAUCAAUAAUUACUUCAACUUCAACAAAACAAGAUGUUACUGCAGCUAGGAAAUGCUCAUACACAUUGACAAUCAAAACAAGUUGUUCUUCAUCUAAAUACACCAGAGAUAAAGUCAGUAUUGCUUUUGGAGAUUCUUAUGGAUUUGAGGUCUACGCGCCAAGACUAGAUAACCCAUCUUCGAGAAUAUUCGAGAGGUGCUCUACUGAUACUUUCAAGAUCAAUGGCCCAUGUACUUAUGAGAUCUGUUACCUUUACUUGAAGAGAGUUGGAUCUGAUGGCUGGAAACCACAGAGCGUUAAGGUGUACGGUCCAAGUCGUCCCGUUAUUACAUUUAAAUUUAAUAAGUUUUUACCUAAUGGAGUCUGGUUUGGAUUUAAUCACUGCCUUAAACUGUCUGCAUCUGUUAUGUAGGAAUCCAAUAUGUAUGAAUUCAACCAUGAAUUUUGUGUUUUGCAGAUUUAAUUGAUGCAAAACUAUAGUAUAAAAGUGUAUUGUUUGGAGAAUAAAAGAUACGGAGGACCCCGGUAUAAAGGGUUGUUUGGAUGGUUGUUACCCUUUUAUCGUGUCUUAUAUAUUUGCUCUUACAACAGGGGAAGGGAAUAAAAUACUUCGGUAUUGGUUGAGUUUGAACUGUAUAUUUUAAUUUAUAACCGUGGAAGGCAGGGAGUUCACGAAGAACUAGCCCUCAACCCCAUAUUUACAGUAGUUCUUCACAAAGAGCAAAAUUUGUAAUGCUGAAAAUAAUACAGUAUAAUUUGUUUUACACUAUUAA